CUCCCCGUCGACCAAGCCGUGACGUUCCGACCCUCUCGGAUCCUGUACAUGCGCCCUCUAACAUCGAAGGGCCAACACUCUGAAAUCCUCGACCUGACCACGCAUCUGAAAACCACGUUCCGUGAGGACAUAACUCCUGAAAUCCACCAACUGGCGCAACUGACGCUGCGCGCGAACCCGAUCUUUCAUCCCACGUGGGUCGUCCGUGGGUCGUCGCGGUUCGUCACUUCUCGAUUAAGUGUCGAGGAGCCCACGACUGAAGGAAGCCAAAGCACCAGCAGGGCAAUGGCCCUCGCCGAGAUCCGCAAGCACCUCCUCAACUUCGGCACCGUGCACAUCCGCUUCCCUGCGGACUCUGCUCACAGCUCGCAUGGGAUUAGCGUCGAGCCGGUAUCGCACAGAUCACGGGCUCAGUCUUUUGUCAAGGACAGCGUGCCGUAUCUCUGGGACACGUUGUCGACGACGACCGCCUCUCCUGCAUCUUCCGACACGACAUUCUGGGGUAAACCUAUGGCUUUAUCCGGGAGACUCAGGCUGUUCAAAGCCGUAGCAGGGAAGAAGUUCGAGGCCGCGCGUUAUGAGAGUUCGAACGGGAAAUUCGCACUGGGUGGAUUACUGGUGCUGGAGGAGAGGGAGGUUGAUCCGCUGAUUGCUGCGGUCACGCUUAUCGGUGUAUUG